AUGUAUGGAAGUGAAACUUGGACUCUAUAUCAACAUGAAAUCAUACAGCUCCGUACAAUACAACAGCGUCAUCUACGUCUCAUUUUAAACAUGAAAUGGGACUAUUACAUCAGCAAUGAAGAGGUGUUGCGACGCACUGACGUUGAAGACAUGGAGGUGAUGUUAGUAAGGACCCGUCUGCGUUGGUUAGGACACGUUUUUCGAAUGAACGAUCAUAGGCCGGUAGAGCAGCUCUUAUACUGUGAGUUGGCUCAUGAUUCUCGCCCUAUAGGCCGACCCAAGCUUCGGUUCAAGGACACCUGCAAAAGUGCUUUGAAGUGCGGUCAUGUCAGCGGCCUUCAACCGUGA